GUUAGACUGAAUCGUUGACACGUCAGCGCACGCCUCCGUGCCAUUCGCGGCCCUGUGGCGCGAGAUCACGAGACAAGACGAGACUGACCAGCAACCCUCGCACCGCGCCCCCGCUCCCAGACCUCGAUAGGCCCCCGUACCAUGGAGCAGCCCGGACCAACGGAUGGCGGCGAGGACGUCCCCAACGGCGCAGGGGGGAGGGCACCGCCGGCACCGGUAGAGGUGGUGGUGGAGGAGGAGGCAGGGGAGGAUGAGGAGGAGCCGCCGCGACCAGCGACGGCGAAGCAGGAGGAAGCGAAGGCCGGGCUCGGCGCCGAGGGGUCCCGCCCGUUCACCAUGCGGGAGCUCCUCGGCGAGAUCAAGGAGGACAACGAGGCGGCGGACGGGAGCGGAGGCGGAGCCUUGGGAUCGGCGUUACCGGAGGGGAACGGGACCGGAUCCGCCGAUGUUGAAGGAUCCUCGUCCAGCCAGGAAAGUACGCAGCAGUUUCAAUCCCAUCACGAUGUAGCCAUGGACUUGAUAAAUAGUGUCACUGGAGUUGACGAGGAAGGCCGUUCUCGCCAAAGGAUUCUUUCUUUUGCUGGAAAAAGAUAUGUAAAUGCAAUUGAAAGAAAUCCUGAUGACCCUGAUGCAUAUUAUAAUUGGGCCCUGGUCCUUCAGGAGAGUGCAGAUAAUGCAGAUCCCUCUUCUGGUUCCUCAAAAGAUGCUUUGCUUGAGGAGGCUUGCAAAAAAUAUGCUGAAGCUACCCUACUUUGCCCAACUCUUUAUGAUGCAUAUUAUAACUGGGCAAUUGCUAUUGCUGAUCGUGCUAAAAUGCGAGGUCGUACCAAAGAAGCCGAAGAUCUCUGGAAGCAGGCAAUACUGAAUUAUGAGAAGGCUGUCCAACUAAAUUGGAAUAGCCCACAGGCUCUGAAUAACUGGGGUCUCGGACUACAGGAACUGAGUGCCAUUGUCCCUGCUAGGGAGAAACAGACCAUAAUAAAGACAGCUAUAAGUAAGUUUCGUGUUGCGAUCCAAUUGCAGUUUGAUUUCCAUCGGGCAAUAUACAACCUUGGAACUGUCUUGUAUGGUUUAGCUGAGGAUACCAUGAGAUCUGGGAGGCCAGAUGCAUCCCCUAACGAGCUUUACAGCCAGUCUGCUAUCUAUGUUGCAGCUGCUCAUUCAUUGAAACCAAAUUACUCGGUCUAUCGCAGUGCUUUGCGAUUAGUCCGCUCAAUGCUACCUUUGCCAUACCUCAAGGUGGGAUAUUUGACAGCUCCUGCAGUGGACAAUGCCAUUGCACCACACAAAAAUUGGGAGAGGUCACAAUUUGUUUUGAACCAUGAGGGCCUCCUGCAGUCGGAUGCCUCUGACCAGCCUCCAUCACAAUCUAGAAAGCCUUUUUGGAUAGCUGUUGCGGAUAUUGUUUCCGUGUCGGCAUCUGCUGAUCUAACAUUGCCACCUGGUGCCGGACUUUGUAUAGAUACGGUUCAAGGGCCUAGGUUCUUGGUUGCUGAUAGUUGGGAUGCUCUUGACGGUUGGCUAGACGCCUUAUGCCUGGUCUACACUAUAUUUGCAAGAGGAAAAAGCGACGUUCUUGCUGGUAUUGUUACUGGCUAACUGCAAAUGAACAAAGGCUCAGUAGCUUCGUUGUCAAUUCAUUUUCCCAUGUUGAUUUAUCAUAUAUAUUGUGUCUAUUUAUCUGACGGUUUAUGUAAAGUAGAUAGAUGUAGAGUAUAUGUUGAUUUGUUUUUUCCCACCGAUAAGAACAUUGACAUGUUAGUUGUGCUUUUAUGGAAGAAUAAGUUAUAUGGCAGGGUUUCUCUAAUAACAUACUCCUACUCUGUACUGUUAAGUUUGGAUAAUGGGACAAAUGGUUCUCUUGUAUUGA